CAGCGGCUUACAAUUGACCAGUGUAACGGUCGUGUAGUAAACGGAAAGCGAAGAAACGAAAUUUCAUGAAAUGAGCAUCACAAGUCUUGAUAUCUUUUUUAUUGCGCGUCGGUACAGUUGAAUUCCUUAGGAUGGAUUGGGAAAGCAAGUUUUCUUCCAUUGUACGUGAAACUGAGACGAAUUUAGCAAGAGUUAGGGUACGAAGGUUUCGUGUUUAGAAAGAUUGUCACACAUUCCUUCAGUCGCUCGUAACGCUUCUCAAAGCUUCAACGUAGCACAAAAACCCUUCUUCUCCAGUUGAAUUCGGACGGAAUUUAACGUUCUUCCAAAUUUUCUUAAAGCAUGUCUGUUUAUAUCUCAGGAUCGCUUAGGUUCUGGUAGAGGCAAACCAAACGCAUUCCCCGACAGGUCAAGUGGAAACCAUUUUGGCGGUGAGAAUAUAGUGUUUUCAUUGGCUGUUUCGUUUCAUUAAUAUUAAUGAUUUUUUCAACAUAAGUAACAUAUUGCCAUAUGUCCCGAAGAGUGAUGAAAACAUCUGCGAGACUCCGACAAAUUUCAAUAUUUUGCGUUAAUUGAGGUAAAUCAUUGUUUAAUCUUUCCAUAAAUGUUUUUCAUAGUAAGUUUCAAGAAUCACCCUUGACAGUUAACCCCUCUAAGAUCCUAAGAUCCAAUUAGUUAAUCUUCCAACUAACUGCCAUACGUUUUAUUGCAAAUUAGUUUGGAGAAUUCCAUUUUGAAUCUCUAUAACACUCAAUAUUAGCGGGUGAACUUGUUUAUUCACAACUAAAAGAAGCACAUAAUAAUUGGCAGUCAAAUAUAGUUACACAGUAUUCUAUUUGGGUAGCGUAGAAUAUGAAAAAUUUAUUAAAAAAAUGUUGAGAUUCUCGUCUUGUUUUUUAAUUGUUUAUUUGUUUAUACACUUGAUCCAAUUUUUCUUUGCAGCCUGUGUCCAAAGAUAGUGGGGAGAGGCCUCACAUCUUAAAAUGUUAUAGCAUGGACACAUACAUAAGAAUAACUUAAACAAUCAAUUUCUGGUAACUAAAACCCUUGCCAACAAUAUCACUGUGCAAACUCAAAUCAAAUUACUGGUAGAUCAGGAUAGAACUGAGUCAGUAGAUAAUGCCAUUCUAACACGUCAACAGGCAAUCUUCACUCUCAGGCCACCAGAAGUCCUUUUCAAUCCUCUGUGGCAUGGGACUUACCAAGCAGCUUAUACAGUCCUGUGAAAACAGUUGGCAUGGCAACCAGUGUUCCAUCCAGUCAGGCAUCACCUGCUUUGGUGAAUGCAUUGUUUGAAAGGGUUGAGGAACAAACUGAGGUAUAUUUUAUAACCAUAGUGUACUUGCAGCUCUUUUAGAUGUUUGAAAUAGAUAAACAGCAAUAGGCCAUUUUAUAGUUGUGUAGUUGCCAAGCCUUUGAUAUGGAGUGAGACUAAAGGUGACCUUGUUGUGAUAGUAUCUAGUUAACAUGAUAACAAAGUAAUUUGCAUUUAAAAAGCAGCAAGGUUUGUAUCAUGGUUUGUAUCAUAACAAAGUCAACCUUAGCCUUACUCCUGUUCAAUGGCUUGGCAAUCAAGCACACAACUGUAAAUUGGACUAUUAUUACUGGACAAGACUGCAAAUAUCACUUUUGAAGAAUCAGUCUUUUUUUUUUCUUUGUGAUGUUUAUUUUAUUGAUUAGUUGCAAUUUACCAGUAGUUACAUUGGAAAGGUUAAGAUAAACACUUCAUACAAAAUUAACUUUUGAUAGCUUGGUGCUCUAAACACAGUUUUUGUGGCUAUAAGCAAAAGGUUAAUAUUGCUGCCCCUUCUGAGUAGAUUAGUUUAAGCUUAAUGUGUUGAUCAAUUCAAAGCUUCAACAUACUCCCCUCCAGGCAAACACCCUGCCCCCAGGUUAUUUGAACUUUGGAAGAUUGGUUUGUUCAAAUUCCUUCCCCUGGGGCAAAAAUUAGGCUCAAAUGCCAAGCACAAGUUUUUCUUGGAUGGUUGUCUUAGUGAUCGCAACAAAUGUUGAGGAAUUUAGCAAAGUCUCGCAUUAGUUUUUGGUGCUGCUGUUUGGUUUUGCUUGAAUGAACAUCAUUCUACAAUGUGAACAUUUUCAAGCCAUUUGCUCACAAAAAUGCACUCUUAUUAUUUGUAAACUCCUCCAUAGUUAAAAUUAAACCCAACAAAAAAUUACAAAACAAUGACCAACUUGGCUUUUGUUCUUGAAUUUGAGUAAGACUGAGUAUGCUUUAAUCUUUCUGUUUGUCUAUUGAAGAUGGUGAAUCAGCUGAGUGAUGCAGUUAAAAAGCUUCUGAAAGAAAAAGAUGUACAUGCUGCAGAAAUCAAGAAAAUGAAAGGUUGGUUUUAGUUUUGGCAAAUUUCUGUUAGCUCGGCCUAAUUUAGGUUUUAUAUGAUGUUGCCUUGUACAGUCCAAAUUCUCUUAACAGUUUACAAAGAUUUGUAAGCAGGCUCAUGUGCUGAGAGUAAAGAAAAACUCAACUACAUGUGGCUAUAACUUGAUUGUUUUGUCUGCUAAACUUGCUUCUACUAUUCAGAUUAUGGUCAUGAAAGUUUUUAAACCAAGGGAAAAAUUUGAACUUCAGUAUGUCUUCAUGAUCUACAAAGGUUUUUCUGAGCUACGUUUUUGUUAUUUUCAUUUAUUUCUGUUCAUGACAACAGAAAGAAAAAUUUGAAGGACAGAGUUGAAUGUAGGAACACUGAUUAAUACCAAAUAGUUAGGAUUUAUCACUGUUUUCCUUACAUGAAUUGGUGUUGGUCAUGGGUAGUUGAUGAAAAAUGUAUUAUUUUGUGUCAUGAUACUAGUAUAGGUAAUCACACGAUCUUGAGUGAAGUUUGGAUUAAAAAUGCACAAGUAAAUUUUUUCAAAGACUAACAAAAUUGCAUGAGCCCAUAGGGUGAGUGCAAUUUGUGGUCUUUGAAAAAAUUUGCAAGUGCUUUUUUAUUCCAAAUUGCAGGAGAAAAAUCAUAUGAUUAUGUAUUAAUAAUAUACAUGAAAAAUACGAGAUAGCUCAUCAUAAUUAUGCAGAGGCAAAGUGCAUGCAUCAAGUGCUAAAAUGAUUUAUUCAAACCAUGUGUUUGGUCAAAACAGCUGUGUAUGAUCAAAACAAUAAUAAGUUCAAAGUCUGGCUAAACAGUUCAAGGAAUUGUUCAGUCUGGUUUGCUACUUCUUUGCACUGAAUUGACCCUCUUCUGCAUCAAAUUACCUGAAAACUGCAUUUAUCUUAACCAAUCAGAACUGAGUAAUUUUUUCAUGUAUCUAAUAAAGCCUUUAAUCCCCAAGAUCUAAUUGUUAAUUCUCCCCUCUACCUAUUACACAUUUCUUUAUAAAUUAAGUCAUGAGAACUUGGAGUUUGAUCAAGAUAACUUCCACUUGGUAUGUUUGAGUAUUCUCAUGACUUGGAAGAAGUUACAUGUUAAUUGCAUCUGAAAGUUACAGAGUUGACAGUAAGAACUGACAUUUUUGGGAGGGUGUUUUAAUUGGAGUUCCUAUUUGUUGAUAACAAAGUUGUGAUUUUUGUCUCAACCUUUGUCGGAAAUUAAUUAAAAGUGUUUUUAAUUGAUUUGGUGAUGUAGAUGAAAUAAACAGACUGAAUGAUAGGCUCAGAGAAAGAGGAGUGGACCUUGAAACAGAAAGAAAACUAGAACAAGUACGUGUACCCUCUGUUUUGAAUUCUAUUCAAUUUUUAUCUAAGGCUGCAUCCCUUCUAAAAUUAUUCCUCUUUUCCUCAUAUUUCUUUUGGAUAUGUAUCUUGAGUUUACAUGAUUAUUCUAUACGUUCUGAUGAAUGAUUUAAAUUUAAUAUAUAAUAUCAUUUUAAUAAAACUAUGUUGAGAAACAUAGCUGACUUUCUUGCUCCUAAUUGGCAGCAUGGGUUUGUUAUCAAAUUUAAUUUUGUAACAAUUUCUUGUGUUUCAGUUUAAACGUGAUGUAUUCAGUCAGUUGGAUAUGGUACGAAACCAAACUAAGCUGAGCCCAGAUGCUGCUGGAAACAAUUCUUGUUAUAGUAAUGACUCAGUGGUCAUGAAUGAGGCGUAAGUAGGCAAGAUACAAAAGAAAUUUAACAAUAUAUAAUGACUAACUUCUUAGGGUUUGUGUUAUUUUAAUUGACCUGACUUUCCCUAGAGUCUGAAUUUAAUUCUAAUGUAUUGGAUAGACUAGCCAACACAUUCUGCAAAGAAUAUCAGCCAUCGAAGUUUGUUUCAACUGAUAAAGGAAUGGUCAAGUACAAAGGAAGACUUGGCUUCAAACAGUACAUGCCCAUGAAGCCUGUGAAAUGGGUGCCUGCUGAUGCGAUGAAUGGUUUUGUAAGCACAAUGCAAGUCUACACAGGCAAAAAUGAUGGUGGCCAGCCGGAAAACGGUCUUGGACAUUGUGUCGUUUGCAACCUUGUGAGCAAUCUGAAGGGGAAAAAUUAUCACAUCUUUUGCAAUAAUUUUUUCACUUCAGUUUGACUGGCUAAAGAUUGACUGUCCAACAAACUCUAUCUUUGUGGAACAACACGUACCAAUAGAACUGACUUUCCUAAAGACUUAAAAGCCAACAAGCCCGAAGUGAAAUCGCUAUGUCGUGGUGAAUCUGUCUUUCGUAGGAAAGGGAACAUUGUUGCAUCCAUGUGGAAAGACAAAAAGAGGAAACAAAACCAUACACAGAAAACAGAAGGAUGGAACCUACAUUGAAGUUCCUUCUCUCCUGGUGGUAAAGCCUUACAACCAAUACAUGGGGGGAGUCGAUCACAGUGAUCAAAUGCGGCAAUAUUACAAUACAUCACGACGGGCAAAUAAAUGGUGGCGGUAUCUGUUAUGGUUUUGUCUGGAUGUAAGCAUUGUGAAUGCACAUAUUUAAAUGCAAAUUGUGGAUAACCAUCCAAACUUCACACAGCUUCAGUUUUGCAUUGAAAUGGUGAAGAUGCUGAUCUGUGACUUCUCAUCCUGGCAACAUGCCAUUCAAGAAGGAACUGUUCAGACUGGACAUUGGCCUGUAAAAAUGAGUAAGGGAAGAUGUAAGAGAUGUUUGAAAAGAAAAAAGACAACGUUCUGCGGCAUGGGAUGUGAUUCAUGUGGUGAGAGGUUCUGCUUGGAUUGUUUCAAGAAUCACAGUAUGGAAGCCUGACAUGGCACGAAAUUUAAAUGCCUUGAACAAUGAAUGCUCUUUUGCCUCAGUUAUAAAAACACUUUAGAAGACAUACCAGUAAUUUUGUUUGUGUUCUUUUCAAAUUUAUCAUUUUUGCUGUAAAAUAUUUUUGCUUUACCUACCUUAUAUCGAAAAAUUACCUAGUGAAACAGCAUAUAUGCUCUCAUUCAUUGAAUCAAAAUGAUGUUAAGAACAGUUUUGCGUGUUGCAUGAUUUUGAGGUUUGUUUUGUCAACUUAUUUUCUCAUAUUGGAGAUGUUACUUAUCUUAAAUGAAAACUUCAAUCUCUGAAGAAUAAACUUUCUUGCAUUGCUUAGUCUAAGAAAGAAGAACAGUAAAGGAUGAUUAAAGUAUUACUGAUCUUUGUUAGAGUUUAGUGCCUUGCAAUGCUAAGAGGUUCAAAUGGGUUAGAUCUGACCUCAUAUGUACUAUCUGGUUCUCCUAAAAUAAGACUUGAAAAGACAUAACUGAUAUCAGCCUCUAACCAUACAGUCUUAACCCUUUAACCCCUAAGAUUGACUGGCUUUUAAUUUCUCCAGUCAGUGUCAUCCUUUAAUCAAAUAUAAAGGUCAUGCGAAUAAAAGAAAUGGUUGCCUAUUAAGUAGCCCUUGAUUGUCAAACAAAUUCUCCUUGUCAGUACUUUAAGAAACAUGAAGAGAAAAGUGUGGAAAAUAAUUUUGGAUAUCAAUGUUAGGGUGUAAAUGAUGAACAUUCUUACACUGACUAGUUGAUUUACAAAGGCUUCUGACUGAUUUCCAUAACAUAGUAGUAAUUAUAUUAUAAUCAUGCCUGUAAUUUAGAAUUUUAUCCUUAUUUUGUAAAACCCUUUACAGGAAAAGAAUUAUUAAAGAAGAAACAGAGUCUUUACAAAGGAAUAUUGAGCACCUUAAAACAAGACUGGGUAUGAAAAAGCCACAAAUAAUUGCUUCAUUGCACAAGUUUUAACAAAAAAUUCAUCAAAAAUUGUCUUGUCACUUAAAACAACAGUAUAUGUAUUUUUUAAUUGUAUUUUUAUUUUUAUAUCUAACUCAGUUGUUAAUACUAAAUUAGCUUACGUUUAUAUAUUUAAAAUUGGGGAGACGUUUCAUCCUUCUGGUUAGCAAGCAGUAUAAUAAUUGUGGAUAUGGUGAAUGUAGGGGCUUUCAGCUCUGACAAAGUUGUGUGGUGUUCUUGGAUGAGACACUUUACUCUCACCAAGCUUCUCUCUACCCAGGAGUAUUAAUUAAUGUGUAUAGGAGGUUGUUGUGGUACCUCACAAAAUGCCUCAGGAAGGGUGAGGGGUUGCUGUGGACUAGCCUCCUGUUCAGGGGGAGUUGCAAUACUCUCAAUUACUUCAUGUGAAAACCGUGAUGAAGCACACACACUUUGAACCACAUUUCUGGAGUGCUCAGUCGUGUAAUAUUUACCUAACCUUCCUUGUAUCUUACAUUUCUUAUCUUUGUUAUGAAUAAAAACAAAACAGGUAAAAUGGAGCUUGAGCUACACUCUAAAGUUGCUGAUUCCAGAGACGUUCUUUAUAAACAAGAGAGGUUGGACAAAGUAAGUUUCUGAAUUUAACACUUGAUCGUGUAAUGUUGUUAAUGUAGUUUUACUUGAUUGGUAUCUUUGUCCAAAUAGGUCAGUUUUCUAUGUUGAUCUAGGAUCCCUAUGUUCCACUUCAUAUAUUGUACCACAAUAGAUUCCUCUUGAAUCAUUAACUAUUAUAAACAAUAAGUAUUCCCUUCCAUUGUUUUUGUUUACAUUUAUAAAGUUUAUUUAGUGUUUACAUUGGGUUAUAAAGUAUUGAUCAGAAAUAUUUUUUGUGCAGGCUUUGUCGUCACUGUCAGAGAAUCAGCGCUCACAAUCAAGAAGCCUAAGCAGCAUUGUUGAUGAGAGACAAUCUGACUCAUAUGAGAUACAGCAACUUAAGUAAGUCAUCUUAGGAACAUUUGUAAAUACACAGUUUGAUCCUCUUAUGCUUAGGAGUUAAUGAAGAAAAUAUUAAUGCUCAUUGGUAAAUACUCUUGUCAAUGAAUACCGUGAAUUGCUUACUUUAAGUAUUGAUAUAAAUAUUUGUCUUAUUGUUUAUUUUGUUUGUUUUGUGAUCAGUGAUACAUGUUUUUGUUUACAUGCAGACACCUUGUAAACAAAGUGAGCAAUCAAUAUUCUGAACUAGAAACAGAACUUCAGUCCAGCAUCAGGCAAUCAGGAGUUUCAAGUAAGACAUUUAGAACCCUGUAGAGAAGUCUUGUCAAAUUUGAAACUUCCCUAAGUUUUCAAAAGAUGAUAGAGUAAUGUUAUCAUAGUUUUCAACCUGUUUUGUUUUGAGUAUUAAGAGGCAAGUAAUCUUCCUGGAUAAGAUGCCAAAAUGUUGUGCUUAUUUUGGUGCUUAGCAUGGAUGUCAGGGAAGGGAGAAUUUUUUUUUAAUUACUUUCAUCAUGAAGGUGAGGGACACACAACAGAGUGAGGCUCCAAAUUAAGUGUGCCCUUAACCCUUUAACUCCCAAGAUCUCAUUAGUAUAAUCCUCUAACUGAUAUUUUUCUUUAUUCUCAUCACUUGUCUGCUUGAUAUUGUAUUGAUAAUGUGAGGAGAAAUUCUGUCUUGGUCACUUAUGGGAGUUAAAGGGUUAAGAGAGGCACUGUGAGAGUGAAGUGUCUUGCCCAAGAACACAAUGCAUUGUCCCGGUCAGGUCUUGAACCUGGGCCUCUCUCUGGGCCACUGCACCUCCCAGUUUAAGACAACACAGAUCACAGUCAUGACUACAAAUAUACUGAAAUAUAAGGAGUAUGUGGUAAAAAUUUCAAGGAACAAUUUUAAUCCUCAAUGUAGGAUCCUGGGAAUAAUUUUCUUUAUUUAUUCAUUUAUUUAUUCAAGUUUAGUUUUAAAUUUCUAAUAAAUUAGCUAUUUGUGGAACCUUGGAAAAAAUGUAAAUCAUUCCAGAAGUUUGAACGGGAAGAUUUGCAAUGGGCAAUAGUUUGAAGUUCAAAUUGGGGAUCAUUUGUAGUCCUGGAAGCAUGUGGGGAAGCUGUACAGAUUUCAUUUUGUGAAAUCCUCUUAGCAAGGCACUUUCUGUUUUGUUCACCAUACAGGUAGCAACUCCUCUCUGAGACAGGUUCGACCACGCUCAACCAACCAAACCACAAUGACCAAUGGUGCCUCCAAACCAAAGAAAAAAGCUGUCAAACAGAAAUCUAAGGGAGUUUCAGAUGAUCUUGUCUUAUCAAGUAGUAGUGAUAGUGAUCUAAGUUUGACAACACUUGAUGCCAGCAGCCCCAGUGAUACAGACCUAACCUCCCUGCAGCUUGACAGAUCAUAUGCAGGUACAGUACCUAGAGGUAGGAAUAGCAAAAAUAGUUCAGAUACUCUAGCAGUCUUGUUUCCACAGUCUUUGUUCCUCUUGAUGGGAAUGUAGAUUGUCACUUUAUCAGCACAGUAUGGACCUUGUAGUGCCAACUGCAUCACCAAGGUCUAACACAAGUGGUAAAGGAAGAGAUAGAAUCUUUCCAGCCUGGCAGCUUUUUAGACUUUCUCUGAAUUUAUUAAGUGUCAAAACUGUUUCAUACUGGUUAUGGGAAGGGAGAGUUCUAUUCCAGAAAGAAAUAUUGUCAUCAGUGACAAUUUUUCCAUUAGUGCCAAUCUUCUCCAAAUAAAAUUUAUUUAUGCUUGCAUAAUGUUCAUUUCAAUGAACCUUUUUGCCUUUGAUGUUCUUUUAGAUUUUAUACUUAAAAAAAUACAUGCAAUAGGGAAAAUAACUGUUUUUUUUUUCUUUGUAGGAGGGUCUGGAAUUGGAAUAGGAAACAUUUCUAGUUCAUCACUGAGUUCCCUAGAUUCUGAUGAUCUGCUUAAAUAACUGUCACAUUGAGAUCAAAAGGAAUAUUAUGUGAUAUAAUAUUUACAAUGCUCUCUCCAGUGACACAACUAAUUGCACUGUUUUUAUUUGUUGUAUGCAUAAAGUGUUAGCAAAGCAACAGAUUGCAGGCAAAAAGACCCAUUAAUUGUAAUAUGAACGAGACAAGUACAGUAGUUAGGAGUUUGCUUGAUGCCUACAGGC